GUGGAACAGCUGCAAACAGAACAAGCAAGGGGCCAACAACCGCCCCGUCAACCAGACACCUUCUCCUGAGGGGGAGAAGCUGCACAGUGACAGUGGCAUCUCCGUGGACAGCCAGAGCUUGCACGACCAGCAGCCGCCCAGCCAGAGCACCCAGGGACCAGCACCCAAGGGAGAGGGGAACCUCUACGUCACCCUGCCAGCCAGCAAGCAGGAGGAGGUGGAGAAGCUGCUGAGCAGCUCCGCGGAAGAGACGUGGAGGAAGCUGGCCGGGGAGCUGGGCUACAAAGAGGACCUCAUAGACUCCUUCACCAGGGAGGAAUCCCCGGCCAGGGCUCUCCUGGCCGACUGGUCCUCCAAGGAGACAGCCACCCUGGACGUCCUGCUGGGAGCCCUGCAGAAGAUCCAGCGUGGGGACAUCGCCGAGAGCUUGUACAGCGAGUCCACGGCCACCUCUCCUGUCUGAAGGGUGGCCCGGGGUGGCCCCCCGGGGUCCCCUCCCC